AUGAGCGGGAUAAGGGCGCUGUGCCUUUUUGCCUCUGUGGCAGAGGGAGGGGAGCAUGCCCUGAUUUAUGAGAAGCGUUUCCCCAACGUGGAGGUGUGCGCGAGAAGUGUGCAGCAGACACACAAUUACGUGAAUUUUUCCAAACUGAGGAAAGUGGAAGAACUUCUUAAAGAGCAAAUAAUAAAAAGAAGCUUGCAAGAGGUAGAGACACAUUCCGAGUUUGUCCAACUGAACAGAACAAUAUGUUGUUACUCCGUACGUGUUAAGAAUAAAAUUGUUUGUCCCUUCUUGUUGAUGAGAAGUAACAGUUUCAUUUUGAUAAUCCUUCUGCUGAUGGAAAAUGUGAACACUGAAAGUCCCCAGGUGGUGGAGGCUGAAAAUAAUACCAAUAAGUUACUCUACUAUAACUUUAUGAAGGAUUUUUUAACCUACGUGGAAGGUAAGAUGGUUAAUCGAGCUUCUUCCCUUUUGUCUCCAUCAUACAGACAAGGGAGCCACAACAAGGUAGUAGUUCUCCUCCAAAAAAUUCGCACCAUAGGGGAUGCAUACAUAACUUGCACCAUUCCAUUUGGCAGACUUCUCGGAGGGAGAAGUUCUUCAUUUAUAAAUUACCUACAAGGAGAUAUGUACAAAAGGGGAGAAGUUUUGCAGAGUACCUUCUUCCCCUUUUAUAACUUUUUGAUAUUGGUGAACAAGGACAGUGUUCACCAGGGGAGGAAGGAUAAACCAAGUGUGUGUAACAGUUCUGCGUUUCAGGGGGGUAGCGAGAGUGGCUUGUCGGAGGGGAGACUCCAAUUUACCUCCCCGAGUCAACAAAGCGACAGCGAUAAGGACAGCACGUUUAGUAGCGAUGAUUUAGAAGACGAAAACAGUUCAAUGGGGACACUUGAAAAAUUUCCCUGUGCAGUUGCCAAGGGGAAGGAGAAAAAUGAUGUUCUGUACAUAAAUGCCAAGCCUCCCUUUGUGCCUCCCACGGAAGGGGCUCACGCAAGCGCGGUUCACACAAGAGGGAUACACGCAAACGGGCGGAUAAGAGAGACCUUCCUCAAGCUACUUAAAAAAUUCUACACCUUGGCCAGGAGGGACAACCAGGGGUUGCCUCUACUUCCACCCAAUGCACAAUAUCACUUAUAUCUUUUCUUCUUAUACAAUUAUUCCGCCCGUUUGGGGACGCACCAAAAAAUCUCCGUCGAAAAACACUCUACUGAAAAAGAGAGCGUGAGGAUUAGCAGGGGGAACAUUCAGACCUACGUCCCGAUCUAUGUGCACGAGAGAAGCAACCGGUCUCCCACUCAUCUGCUAAUUAGGGAGGAGCUCACCGGCUUUGUAACCAGUUUGGAAAAUCAGACCGCGGAAGUGAAGGGCGAGAUACUACUGCAGUGCGACGACGAGCGGUACUUGGACGUGGACCUGACACUCGAGCUGGACGACCAUGUGGUCGAUGUGUACGCAGCAGAUUUUGUCAACAUGGAGAACAGGUACUCAACGGAAAGGGGAAAGACUCUACACAUGCGAGUGGCUACCAAAGAUACGAACAACACUGUGCUCACGUACUACUGCAGCGGUGUACCUUCUCCCCUUAUCGGUUGCUACACUCUUAAAAAGGUCAGCAGUAAAUGCGCACAAGUAGAUGUGACACUGCAGUGGAAUAGGAACGCGCCUUCCAUAAGAUUUGACAAAAAAAUAACGGAGCCCUUUUUUGUGCGACUUCCCUUUGACGGAGAAAUUGUUGGCCACAAUUUGAAAUGCAAUUUGGGAAAGAUAAAAAUUGAAGGCAAACAGGAAAUAAAGUGGACACUUCUUGACCUUCCGAGAGAAUCCCGCGCAUGCCUGUAUGGAACGGUCCAACUGAGUCAUUUGGACAUGGGGGCAAAACAGCUAGCUGCUGAAAUCCACCUGUUGUCCAAGUGUGCUUACUCCAAAACGGCGGUGACGCAUGUGAGCGAGGAGAUACACCGAGAGCAGUUCUUCCACGCACGGGGGUUGAAGCUGCUCAGGUCCUAA